AUGUUCAGGUAUGGCAAGAUCUUGUUCUUUUGCACAAUGUACAUCGUUCUAAGUGGAGGGCUUAUCAACUUCAACAAGUUCUUGGUGCAUGAGGGGCGGUUCCCACACCCUAUGGCGCUUACGGCGAUUCACAUGUUCACCAGUUUCGUGCUUACGUCCAUCAUCCUCACUGCGAAACCAUCCAUGAUGCCUAGCGUGGAUAGGUGCAGGGGCAAACUGCUGGAUCUCUACAAGCACCUCAUCCCCAUCGGCUUCUUCUUCGCCGUGGUGCUGUACGGAUCCAACAAGGCGAUCAUGUACUGCAGCGUGGCGUUCCUGCAAUUCAUGAAGGAGACCAAUGUCGUGUUCGUCUUCCUCUUCUCGGCCAUUGCGGGCCUGCAGACCGUGAACAGGCAGCGCUUGUUCGUCAUCGCCUGGGUCAUCUCGGGUUCGACGCUGUGCGUGUCUGGCGAGCUGAACUUCGUCUUGGCAGGCUUUGUCCUGCAGGCCGUUGCGCAGUUCGCAGAGUGCCUGCGCGCCGUCAUCGCGGAGAUGAUUCUCACCGGCAGCGACUACAAGUUGGACUCGCUCAGUUAUGCAUUCUUCAUUUCGCCCGUCUGCCUGGUUGUGCUCAUAAUCGGCAACAUCGUCACAUGGAACAGCGAUAUCCUGCCCGACGCGGCCGCAAUGUGGUACCUACUGGUCCCGAACGCGUGCAUCGCGGUCUGCCUCAACAUCACCAUCGCGCAGGUGAUCAAAGAGACGUCCGCCGUCGGUUUCAUGAUCACCGGCAUUGUCAAGGACAUCAUCCUGGUCUGCUUUUCGUCCGCGGUGUUUCACGACACCAUCCAGCGGCAGCAGUGGUGCGCGUUCAUGCUGACGCUCAGCGGGGUGUUCUUCUGGUCGUACAUGAAGAUUGCCCCUCGGUCCGGGCUGGUCACGACCUUCGAGAAGAUGCUGGGGGUCGGGAGCUGGCCCUGCCCGGGCGAGCCGCUCGGAGCACUGGAGGCGAAGAAGGCCGAGGACGGGAAGACCCGGCAGAUCAUCAUGAACGCCUCUUGCGUCCGAGGCCCCAAGAACGAGGUCCUCUGCGUGCUGGGCGUGGCGCAGGAUGUGACGGAAGCCAAGGCGGCCCGGGCGGAGAAGUGCCGCCUGGCGGAGCACUACGACCGCUUCCUGGAGGCGGCGUGCGCCCCGGUCUUGGCCCUGGACCUCGAAGGCCGCGUGCUCGUGUGGAACAUGCCGCUCGAGGAGGCGACGGGGCACAAGCACAGAGAGGCGGUCGGCAAGCCCCUGGUGGCUGACCUCGUCGCCGAGGACGCUCGCGAGAAGGUGCAGCAGAUCCUCGACCAGGCCACCCGUGGCGUCGAGGCCUCUGGCUUCGAGCUCCCGCUCGCGGGCAGGGACGGCAGGUCCGUGGUCCUCGUCAUGAGCAUCGUCACGGAGAAGGACCCCGAGGGCAAGGCCACGCGCGUGGUGCUGGGCGGGCACGUCAAGGCGCCGGUCGCUGCCGCUGGCGGCGAGCCCCUGGCCGGGGGCGGUGCUGCCGCGGAGGACCUGUCGCGGCUGGUGGAGUUCGCCAGCGCGCCGAUCUUUGCCGUCGGUAUGGACGGGUGCGUCACCGAGUGGAACGGCAAGGUGGCAGAGAUGACCCAGUUCUCCAAGGCGGACGCUGUUGGCAAGAGUCUGGUGGAGGUGUUCGUCCGCGAGGAGCAGCGGAGCACGGUGCGGGGAGUCGUGGCGAAGGCCUACAGUGGGUCCGAGACCGCGUACUUCGAUGUCUCUCUGGCGAAAAAGGACGGCACAAAUGUCGACAUCCUGCUCAAUGUAUCGCCUCGUCGCGAUGCGGGUGGUAAGGUGACAGGAGCUGUCGGGCUGGGACUGGACAUUUCCAUUAUGAAGGGAGCGUUGACAGAAAGCAGGCUCGUUUCAGAAGACCAUUCGAGAAUCAUAGAGAGUGCUAAUGCCCCGAUCUUUGGGGUCGACGUGGACGGCCGAAUCAGCGUCUUCAACAGAAAAGCAGCAGAUUUGACCAGAUAUUCCAAGGAGGAGGCCAUAGGCAGGCCUGCUACAGACUUCGUCGCUGCAGACUGCAUCCAGGAGUUGCAGUCCGUGCUCUCGAAGGCCUACCGGGGCACGGAGACCGCCGACUUCGAGCUCGUGCUCAUGACCAAGGACAGCCAGCGCAUCGACAUCCUGCUGAACGCCACUCCGCGCCGCGACAGCAGAGGCAACGUGACUGGGGUCGUCGGCGUGGGGCAGGACAUCACCCAUCUCCGGAGGGUCGUGACCGAGAGCAAGACGGUUGCGGACGACCUGUCCCGAUUAAUCGAGACUGCAAAUGCUCCAAUAUUUGGUGUCGACGUGAACGGGCUCGUGACGGAGUGGAACAGGAAGGCAGCUCAGCUAACACUGUUUUCGAAGGAGGAAGCUGUAGGGAGGAAUCUGGUGAACGACUUUAUCAGGGGAGACUAUCAGAAGGACGUCCAAGCGGUCUUGACCCAAGCGUGCUCUGGUUCGGAGACGGCGAACUUCGAGUUCCCUCUGAUGACGAAGGACAACCAGCGCAUCGAAAUCCUGCUGAAUGCCACGCCACGCCGCGACGGCAAUGGCAAGGUGACUGGAGUGGUCGGCGUGGGCCAGGACAUCACGCACCUGCAGAAGGUCUUGACCGAGAGUAAGACUAUCGCAGACGAUCUGUCACGAUUGAUCGAGACCGCCAACGCCCCCAUCUUCGGUGUUGACGUGGAUGGGCGCGUCACGGAGUGGAAUCGCAAGGCAGCCGAGUUGACACUGUUCACGAAGGAGGAGACGUUGGGGAGGAACUUGGUGACGGACUUCAUCACGGAGGACUACAGGAAACAAGUCCAAGCAGUUCUGACCCAGGCAUGUGCAGGCUCGGAGACGGCGAACUUCGAGUUCCCUCUGAUGACGAAGGACAACAAGCGCAUCGACGUCCUACUGAACGCCACUCCUCGUCGUGAUGGAUAUGGUAAUGUGACUGGAGUGGUCGGCGUAGGGCAAGACAUCACGCACCUGCAGAAGGUUUUGACAGAAAGCAAAACUAUCGCAGACGAUCUCUCUCGAUUGAUCGAGACCGCCAACGCCCCCAUCUUCGGUGUUGACGUGGAUGGGCGCGUCACGGAGUGGAAUCGGAAGGCAGCCGAGUUGACAUUGUUCACGAAGGAGGAGACAUUGGGGAGGAAUUUGGUGACGGACUUCAUCACGGAGGACUACCGGAAACAAGUCCAAGCAGUUCUGACCCAGGCGUGUGCAGGCUCGGAGACGGCGAACUUCGAGUUCCCUCUGAUGACGAAGGACAACAAGCGCAUCGACGUCUUACUGAACGCCACUCCUCGUCGUGAUGGAUACGGUAAUGUGACUGGAGUGGUCGGCGUAGGGCAAGACAUCACGCACCUGCAGAAGGUCUUGACAGAAAGCAAAACUAUCGCAGACGAUCUGUCUCGACUGAUCGAAACUGCUAACGCCCCCAUCUUCGGUGUGGACGUGGAUGGGCGCGUCACGGAGUGGAACCGGAAGGCAGCUGAAUUGACACUGUUCACGAAGGAGGAGACAUUAGGGAGGAAAUUGGUGGAGGACUUCAUCACGGAGGACUACCGGAAACAAGUCCAAGCAGUUCUGACGCAGGCAUGUGCAGGCUCGGAGACGGCGAACUUCGAGUUCCCUCUGAUGACGAAGGACAACAAGCGCAUCGACGUCCUACUGAACGCCACUCCUCGUCGUGAUGGAUCUGGUAAUGUCACUGGGGUUGUUGGCGUAGGGCAAGACAUCACACACUUGCAGAAGGUCUUGACUGAAAGCAAAACUAUCGCAGACGAUCUGUCUCGAUUAAUCGAGACCGCCAACGCCCCCAUCUUCGGUGUUGACGUGGAUGGGCGCGUCACGGAGUGGAACCGGAAGGCAGCUGAGUUGACGUUGUUUUCGAAGGAGGAGACCAUGGGUAGGAAUUUGGUGACGGACUUCAUCACGGAGGACUACCGGAAACAAGUCCAAGCAGUUCUGACCCAGGCAUGUGCAGGCUCGGAGACGGCGAACUUCGAGUUCCCUCUGAUGACGAAGGACAACAAGCGCAUCGACGUCUUACUGAACGCCACUCCUCGUCGUGAUGGAUAUGGUAAUGUGACUGGAGUGGUCGGCGUAGGUCAAGACAUCACGCAUCUGCAGAAGGUCCUGACUGAAAGCAAAACUAUCGCUGACGAUCUGUCUCGAUUGAUCGAGACCGCCAACGCCCCCAUCUUCGGUGUUGACGUGGAUGGGCGCGUCACGGAGUGGAACCGGAAGGCAGCCGAGUUGACAUUGUUCACGAAGGAGGAGACAUUGGGAAGGAAUUUGGUGACGGACUUCAUCACGGAGGACUACCGGAAACAAGUCCAAGCAGUUCUGACGCAGGCAUGUGCAGGUUCGGAGACGGCGAACUUCGAGUUCCCUCUGAUGACGAAGGACAACAAGCGCAUCGACGUCCUACUGAACGCCACUCCUCGUCGUGAUGGAUAUGGCAAUGUGACUGGAGUGGUCGGCGUAGGGCAAGACAUCACGCACCUGCAGAAAGUCUUGACUGAAAGCAAAACUAUCGCAGACGAUCUGUCUCGAUUGAUCGAGACCGCCAACGCCCCCAUCUUCGGUGUUGACGUGGAUGGGCGCGUCACGGAGUGGAACCGGAAGGCAGCCGAGUUGACAUUGUUCUCGAAGGAGGAGACGCUGGGGAGGAAUUUGGUGACGGACUUCAUCACGGAGGAUUAUCGGAAAGACGUCCAAGCAGUUCUGACCCAGGCCUGCGCAGGGUCUGAGACUGCUAAUUUCGAGUUCCCUCUGAUGACGAAGGACAACAAGCGCAUCGACGUCCUGCUCAACGCCACUCCUCGUCGAGACGGCAGCGGCAACGUGACUGGAGUUGUCGGCGUGGGGCAAGACAUCACGCAUUUGCAGAAGGUCCUGACUGAAAGCAAGACGAUCGCAGACGAUCUUUCCCGAUUGAUCGAGACCGCCAACGCCCCCAUCUUCGGCGUUGACGUGGACGGACGCGUCACAGAGUGGAACAGGAAGGCAGCCGAGUUGACAUUGUUCUCAAAGGAGGAGACGUUGGGUAGGAAUUUGGUGACGGACUUCAUCACUGAGGAAUACCGGAAAGACGUCCAAGCAGUUCUGACCCAGGCCUGCGCAGGGUCUGAGACUGCUAAUUUCGAGUUCCCCCUGAUGACGAAGGAUAACAAGCGCAUCGACGUCCUGCUAAACGCCACUCCUCGUCGGGACGGCAGCGGCAACGUGACUGGAGUGGUCGGUGUGGGUCAAGACAUCACGCAUCUGCAGAAGGUCCUGACUGAAAGCAAGACGAUCGCAGACGAUCUUUCCCGAUUGAUCGAGACCGCCAACGCCCCCAUCUUCGGCGUUGACGUGGACGGACGCGUCACAGAGUGGAACAGGAAGGCAGCCGAGUUGACACUAUUCUCCAAGGAAGAGACGUUGGGUAGGAAUUUGGUGACGGACUUCAUCACGGAGGAUUAUCGGAAAGACGUCCAAGCAGUUCUGACCCAGGCCUGCGCAGGGUCUGAGACUGCUAAUUUCGAGUUCCCUCUGAUGACAAAGGACAACAAGCGCAUCGACGUCCUGCUCAACGCCACUCCUCGUCGGGACGGCAGCGGUAACGUGACUGGAGUGGUCGGUGUGGGUCAGGACAUCACGCAUCUGCAGAAGGUCCUGACUGAAAGCAAGACUAUCGCAGACGAUCUUUCCCGAUUGAUCGAGACCGCCAACGCCCCCAUCUUCGGCGUCGACGUGGAUGGGCGCGUCACGGAGUGGAACAGGAAGGCAGCCGAGUUGACAUUGUUCUCGAAGGAGGAGACGCUGGGGAGGAAUUUGGUGACGGACUUCAUCACUGAGGACUACCGAAAAGACGUCCAAGCAGUUCUGACCCAGGCCUGCGCAGGGUCUGAGACGGCGAACUUCGAGUUCCCUCUGAUGACGAAGGACAACAAGCGCAUCGACGUCCUGCUUAACGCCACUCCUCGUCGGGACGGCCGUGGCAACGUGACUGGAGUGGUCGGAGUGGGGCAGGAUAUCACGCAUUUGCAGAAGGUCCUGACUGAAAGCAAGACUAUCGCAGACGAUCAUUCCCGAUUGAUCGAGACCGCCAACGCCCCCAUCUUCGGCGUUGACGUUGAUGGGCGCGUCACGGUGUGGAACAGGAAGGCAGCCGAGUUGACAUUGUUCUCGAAGGAGGAGACGUUGGGAAGGAAUUUGGUGAAGGACUUCAUCACGGAGGACUACCGAAAAGACGUCCAAGCAGUUCUGACCCAGGCCUGUGCAGGGUCUGAGACGGCGAACUUCGAGUUCCCUCUGAUGACUAAGGAUAACCAGCGCAUCGACGUCCUGCUCAACGCCACUCCUCGUCGGGACGGCAGCGGCAACGUGACUGGAGUGGUCGGUGUGGGUCAAGACAUCACGCAUUUGCAGAAGGUCCUGACUGAAAGCAAGACUAUCGCAGACGAUCUUUCCCGAUUGAUCGAGACCGCCAACGCCCCCAUCUUCGGCGUUGACGUGGACGGGCGCGUCACAGAAUGGAACAGGAAGGCAGCCGAGUUGACAUUGUUCUCGAAGGAAGAGACGUUGGGUAGGAAUUUGGUCACGGACUUCAUCACUGAGGAUUACCGGAACGACGUCCAAGCAGUUCUGACCCAGGCCUGCGCAGGGUCUGAGACGGCUAAUUUCGAGUUCCCUCUGAUGACAAAGGACAACAAGCGCAUCGACGUCCUGCUUAACGCCACUCCUCGUCGCGACGGCCGUGGCAACGUAACCGGAGUGGUCGGAGUGGGGCAAGACAUCACGCAUUUGCAGAAGGUCUUGACUGAAAGCAAGACUAUCGCAGACGAUCUUUCCCGAUUGAUCGAGACCGCCAACGCCCCCAUCUUCGGCGUUGACGUGGAUGGGCGCGUCACGGAGUGGAACAGGAAGGCAGCCGAAUUGACACUGUUCACGAAGGAGGAGACAUUAGGAAGGAAAUUGGUGGAGGACUUCAUCACGGAGGACUACCGGAAACAAGUCCAAGCAGUUCUGACGCAGGCAUGUGCAGGGUCUGAGACAGCGAACUUCGAGUUCCCUCUGAUGACGAAGGACAACAAGCGCAUCGACGUCCUGCUUAACGCCACUCCUCGUCGUGAUGGAUAUGGUAAUGUGACUGGGGUGGUGGGCGUGGGUCAAGACAUCACACACUUGCAGAAGGUCUUGACUGAAAGCAAGACUAUCGCAGACGAUCUGUCCCGAUUAAUCGAGACCGCCAACGCCCCCAUCUUCGGCGUUGACGUGGAUGGGCGCGUCACGGAGUGGAACAGGAAAGCAGCUGAGCUGACACUGUUCUCGAAAGAGGAGACGCUGGGAAGAAAUUUGGUGACGGACUUCAUCACAGAGGAUUACCGGAAAGGCGUCCAAGCAGUUCUGACGCAGGCAUGUUCAGGGUCUGAGACGGCGAAUUUCGAGUUCCCUCUGAUGACGAAGGACAACAAGCGCAUCGACGUCUUGCUAAACGCCACUCCUCGUCGUGAUGGAUAUGGUAAUGUGACUGGGGUCGUUGGCGUUGGUCAAGACAUCACGCAUCUGCAGAAGGUCCUGACCGAAAGCAAGACUAUCGCAGACGAUCUUUCCCGAUUGAUCGAGACCGCCAACGCCCCCAUCUUCGGCGUUGACGUGGACGGGCGCGUCACGGAGUGGAACAGGAAGGCGGCGGACUUGACAUUGUUCUCGAAGGAGGAGACGUUGGGGAGGAAUUUGGUCACGGACUUCAUCACGGAGGAUUAUCGGAAAGAUGUCCAAGCAGUUCUGACCCAGGCCUGCGCAGGGUCUGAGACGGCUAAUUUCGAGUUCCCUCUGAUGACGAAGGAUAGCAGGGAGAUGUAUCAAAUCGUUGUCCUGUUUUCUCUCUGUCCCAAGCACUUGAAGUGUCGAGCGCUGACAGGCCCCGAGGCUGCGCUGAGCUGGCUGAAGUUGGGAUAUGGUGACAUCUGGAGCAGCGUGCCCGUCUCCGGGCACGGCGCACCGCGUGCACGGGCCACACCCACGGCAGCGCAGGGCAGCGGCGAGCCGCCGCCGGCUGCCCCUGCCGCCGGGGAGCAGCCGGACAGCAAGCGCAUCGACGUGUUGUUGAAUGCCACUCCUCGUCGCGAUGGCAAUGGCAAGGUGACUGGAGUGGUCGGUGUAGGACAAGACAUUACGCACCUGCAGAAGGUGCUGACUGAAAGCAGGACUAUCGCGGACGACCUGUCCCGGCUGAUCGAGACAGCUAACGCCCCCAUCUUUGGUGUCGAUGUGAAUGGUCGGGUGACGGAGUGGAACAGGAAGGCAGCUGAGUUGACAUUGUUCUCGAAAGAAGAGACAAUGGGGAGAAAUCUGGUGAAGGACUUCAUCACGGAGGAUUACCGGAAAGACGUCCAAGCAGUUUUGACCCAGGCGUGCUCGGGUUCCGAGACGGCCAACUUCGAGUUCCCGCUCAUGACGAAAGAUAACCAGCGCAUCGACGUCCUGCUGAAUGCUACUCCUCGUCGCGAUGGCAAUGGCAAUGUGACUGGAGUUGUCGGUGUGGGGCAAGACAUUACGCACCUUCAGAAGGUUUUGACUGAAAGCAAGACUAUCGCGGACGACCUGUCCCGGCUGAUCGAGACUGCCAACGCCCCUAUCUUCGGCGUUGAUGUGGAUGGACGCGUCACGGAGUGGAACAGGAAGGCAGCUGAGUUGACAUUGUUCUCGAAAGAGGAGACGUUGGGGAGGUUUCUGGUGAAGGACUUUAUCACAGAGGAUUACCGGAAAGACGUCCAAGCAGUUCUGACCCAGGCUUGUGCUGGGUCUGAGACGGCGAACUUCGAGUUCCCUCUGAUGACAAAGGACAACAAACGCAUCGACGUCCUGCUGAAUGCCACUCCUCGUCGAGACGGCAACGGCAACGUGACUGGAGUGGUCGGCGUGGGGCAAGACAUCACGCAUUUGCAGAAGGUCUUGACUGAAAGCAAGACUAUCGCGGACGACCUGUCCCGUUUGAUCGAGUCCGCCAACGCUCCCAUAUUCGGAGUUGACGUGGAUGGGCGCGUGACCGAGUGGAACAGGAAGGCGGCGGAGUUGACGAUGUUCCCGAAGGACUACACGUUGGGUAAAAAUCUGGUCGCCGAGUUCACGACGGAAGAUUAUAAGCAAUCGGUGCAGCUUGUCUUGACAAAGGCAUUGUCGGGCUCCGAGACGGCCAACUUUGAGUUCCCGCUGGUGACCAGGGACGGCAACCAGAUAGAGAUAUUGCUUAACGCGACGCCCCGCCGCGACGCAGUUGGCACUGUGACAGGAGUGGUUGGUGUCGGGCAGGACAUCACGCAGAUGAAGAAUGUCAUGACGGAGAGCAAAACUGUCGCCGAGGAUUUGUCCCGACUGAUUGAGACCGCCAAUGCCCCCAUUUUCGGCGUUGACGCAGAUGGGCGCGUGACGGAGUGGAACAGGAAGGCGGCCGAAUUGACAAUGUUCUCCCAGAUCGACGCCAUUGGCGAGAAUUUGGUGUCUGCUUUCAUCACCGCGGACUACAGGGAGCAGGUGCAGGCUGUCCUGACGCAAGCGCUUCAGGGCUCGGAGACCGCCAAUUUCGAGUUCCCCUUGAUGACGAAGGAUGGGCAGGGCAUUGACAUCCUGCUCAACGCAACGCCUCGGCGCGACGCCGCCGGCAAAGUCACUGGCGUGGUCGGCGUCGGACAGGACAUCACCAACAUGCGAAAGGCCCUGAUUGAAAGCAAGACGUUGGCCGAGGACCUGUCCCGAUUGAUUCAGACUGCGAACGCUCCAAUCUUCGGUGUCGACACAGCUGGCCGCGUCACCGAGUGGAAUCGGAAGGCGGCCGACCUGACAAUGUUCCCGAAGGAGGAGACCCUUGGGGCGCAGCUCGUGAAAGACUUUAUAGGACUACAGGGAGCGCGUCCAGGAGGUUCUGACCCAGGCCGCUAUGGGCAAUGA